AUGGGCUACAGCUUUCUUCCCGAGCGGGAUAUCUGGCAGCACGCGCCCAUUCUAACGGGUAGCACCAAGUUUGAGCCGCAGCAAGAUGUCAAAAACAUCAUGAUCACAGGAGGUGAGGGUUUCAUUGCUUCUUGGCUCGUUCGACACCUCGUCCUCACUUACCCCGGCGUAUACAAUGUCAUAUCAUUCGACAAGCUGGACUACUGCUCCUCCCUCAACAACACAAGAGCUCUCCGCGAGAAACCAAAUUUCACAUUUUAUCAGGGUGAUAUUACAAGUCCUAGCGAAGUUCUAGACUGUCUUAGUCGCUAUAACAUCGACACUAUCUUCCACUUCGCAGCGCAAUCGCACGUCGAUCUCAGUUUCGGCAAUUCAUACAGCUUCACUGAAACGAACGUGUACGGCACGCAUGUUCUUCUUGAAAGUGCAAAAACAGUCGGGAUCAAGCGGUUUAUCCAUAUUUCUACCGAUGAGGUCUACGGAGAGGUUGCGCAUGGGAAUGAUGAUCUUCCUGAGACGAGUCUUCUGUCACCGACGAAUCCGUAUGCUGCCAGCAAGGCUGCUGCAGAGAUGUUGGUGAACUCGUAUCAGAAGAGCUUUAAACUUCCUGUUAUCAUUGUGAGAAGUAAUAAUGUGUAUGGGCCGCACCAGUAUCCUGAGAAAAUCAUACCCAAGUUCAUUUCACUACUUAACCGCGGUCAACCGGUCAUCCUGCAUGGGGACGGUAGUCCAACAAGACGAUAUCUCUUCGCCGGAGAUGCCGCUGACGCCUUUGACACCAUUCUUCACAAAGGCGAGAUCGGUCAGAUCUACAACAUCGGCUCCAGCGACGAGAUCUCCAAUCUUGAACUCUGUCAUAUUAUUCUCACCGAGAUGGGCAUCGAUAUUAAGGACACUCACGACUUCCAACAGUGGGUGAAACAUACUCACGACCGUCCGUUCAACGAUCAAAGAUACGCAGUGGACGCUACCAAGCUCAAGAAGCUUGGUUGGACACAAAAGACAAGCUUUGAUGAAGGGCUGAAGAUGACGAUUGAUUGGUAUAAGCGCUAUGGUGAUAAAUGGUGGGGUGAUAUUUCUCCGGUGUUGACGCCUUUCCCUCAGGCUUUGAGCAAGCAACAGGAGGAACAGGCUGUGACGCCUACAAGUCUUCCGGAGGUUUAG